UGUCCAAGGGUGUUGACCACCACCAGUAACCGCCCGACCCGCCCUGAAAGGAUACACAGGACAGUACCAAAGAAGACGACUCCAAGAUGCAGCUGUUCGUCAUCUGCCUCCUGGCGGCCACCACGGCUGCCUUCACCAUGUUCGGGCCCCACAUUCGCAUCGUUCCGGGCCAGAAGCCCAACGAGAUCGUGCUCCACUUCCGAAAUCCGUGCAACAAUAAGACCAGCACCACCACACUGAAGCCGCCGCCACCUCCGUGUCCGGAACAUCCGACUACGCCGGCCUGUCCGCACCGGAUAACGAGUCCGGCGCCCACCAAGCCCAACUGUCCGCACGCCACGACCACUCCCCACAACUGUGGACACCAGACGACUCCAAAGCCCACAUUCGAAACUACAUUGGGAACAACUUUCAAGCCAACACAUGGUCCCACAACUCCGAAGCCCACGACUCUGAAACCGACUGAGACAUCUACUCAGUCACCCACAGAGACAACAACUCCGAGUCCAACCACUCUGCAACCAACAACUCCGAAGGUAACAACUCACAAGCCUUCUGAGGCAACCACCGAGAAGCAGACUACUCACAAGCCCACUGAGCCAACAACUCCGAAGGUAACAACUCACAAGCCUUCUGAGCCAACCACCGAGAAGCAGACUACUCACAAGCCCACCGAGUCCACAACUCACAAGCCUUCUGAGCCAACCACCGAGAAGCAGACUACUCACAAGCCCACUGAGCCAACAACUCCGAAGGUAACAACUCACAAGCCUUCUGAGCCAACCACCGAGAAGCAGACUACUCACAAGCCCACCGAGCCCACAACUCACAAGCCUUCUGAGCCAACCACCGAGAAGCAGACGACUCACAAGCCCACUGAGCCAACAACUCCGAAGGUAACAACUCACAAGCCUUCUGAGCCAACCACCGAGAAGCAGACUACUCACAAGCCCACCGAGUCCACAACUCACAAGCCUUCUGAGCCAACCACCGAGAAGCAGACUACUCACAAGCCCACUGAGCCAACAACUCCGAAGGUAACAACUCACAAGCCUUCUGAGCCAACCACCGAGAAGCAGACGACUCACAAGCCCACUGAGCCAACAACUCCGAAGGUAACAACUCACAAGCCUUCUGAGCCAACCACCGAGAAGCAGACUACUCACAAGCCCACCGAGCCCACAACUCACAAGCCUUCUGAGCCAACCACCGAGAAGCAGACGACUCACAAGCCCACUGAGCCAACAACUCCGAAGGUAACAACUCACAAGCCUUCUGAGCCAACCACCGAGAAGCAGACUACUCACAAGCCCACCGAGCCCACAACUCACAAGCCUUCUGAGCCAACCACCGAGAAGCAGACUACUCACAAGCCCACCGAGCCCACAACUCACAAGCCUUCUGAGCCAACCACCGAGAAGCAGACGACUCACAAGCCCACUGAGCCAACAACUCCGAAGGUAACAACUCACAAGCCUUCUGAGCCAACCACCGAGAAGCAGACUACUCACAAGCCCACCGAGCCCACAACUCACAAGCCUUCUGAGCCAACCACCGAGAAGCAGACGACUCACAAGCCCACUGAGCCAACAACUCCGAAGGUAACAACUCACAAGCCUUCUGAGCCAACCACCGAGAAGCAGACGACUCACAAGCCCACAGAGCCAACAACUCCGAAGCCCACAACUCACAAGCCUUCUGAGCCAACCACCGAGAAGCAGACGACUCACAAGCCCACUGAGCCAACAACUCCGAAGGUAACAACUCACAAGCCUUCUGAGCCAACCACCGAGAAGCAGACUACUCACAAGCCCACCGAGCCCACAACUCACAAGCCUUCUGAGCCAACCACCGAGAAGCAGACGACUCACAAGCCCACUGAGCCAACAACUCCGAAGGUAACAACUCACAAGCCUUCUGAGCCAACCACCGAGAAGCAGACUACUCACAAGCCCACCGAGCCCACAACUCACAAGCCUUCUGAGCCAACCACCGAGAAGCAGACGACUCACAAGCCCACUGAGCCAACAACUCCGAAGGUAACAACUCACAAGCCAACUGAGCCAACCACCGAGAAGCAGACUACGCACAAGCCCACUGAGCCAACAACUCCGAAGGUAACAACUCACAAGCCUUCUGAGCCAACCACCGAGAAGCAGACGACUCACAAGCCCACUGAGCCAACAACUCCGAAGGUAACAACUCACAAGCCUUCUGAGCCAACCACCGAGAAGCAGACUACUCACAAGCCCACUGAGCCAACAACUCCGAAGGUAACAACUCACAAGCCUUCUGAGCCAACCACCGAGAAGCAGACUACUCACAAGCCCACUGAGCCAACAACUCCGAAGGUAACAACUCACAAGCCUUCUGAGCCAACCACCGAGAAGCAGACUACUCACAAGCCCACCGAGCCCACAACUCACAAGCCUUCUGAGCCAACCACCGAGAAGCAGACUACUCACAAGCCCACCGAGCCCACAACUCACAAGCCUUCUGAGCCAACCACCGAGAAGCAGACUACUCACAAGCCCACCGAGCCCACAACUCACAAGCCUUCUGAGCCAACCACCGAGAAGCAGACGACUCACAAGCCCACUGAGCCAACAACUCCGAAGGUAACAACUCACAAGCCUUCUGAGCCAACCACCGAGAAGCAGACUACUCACAAGCCCACCGAGACCACAACUCACAAGCCUUCUGAGCCAACCACCGAGAAGCAGACUACUCACAAGCCCACCGAGUCCACAACUCACAAGCCUUCUGAGCCAACCACCGAGAAGCAGACUACUCACAAGCCCACUGAGCCAACAACUCCGAAGGUAACAACUCACAAGCCUUCUGAGCCAACCACCGAGAAGCAGACUACUCACAAGCCCACCGAGCCCACAACUCACAAGCCUUCUGAGCCAACCACCGAGAAGCAGACGACUCACAAGCCCACUGAGCCAACAACUCCGAAGGUAACAACUCACAAGCCAACUGAGCCAACCACCGAGAAGCAGACUACGCACAAGCCCACUGAGCCAACAACUCCGAAGGUAACAACUCACAAGCCUUCUGAGCCAACCACCGAGAAGCAGACGACUCACAAGCCCACUGAGCCAACAACUCCGAAGGUAACAACUCACAAGCCUUCUGAGCCAACCACCGAGAAGCAGACUACUCACAAGCCCACUGAGCCAACAACUCCGAAGGUAACAACUCACAAGCCUUCUGAGCCAACCACCGAGAAGCAGACUACUCACAAGCCCACUGAGCCAACAACUCCAAAGGUAACAACUCACAAGCCUUCUGAGCCAACCACCGAGAAGCAGACUACUCACAAGCCCACUGAGCCAACAACUCCGAAGGUAACAACUCACAAGCCUUCUGAGCCAACCACCGAGAAGCAGACUACUCACAAGCCCACUGAGCCAACAACUCCGAAGGUAACAACUCACAAGCCUUCUGAGCCAACCACCGAGAAGCAGACGACUCACAAGCCCACUGAGCCAACAACUCCGAAGGUAACAACUCACAAGCCUUCUGAGCCAACCACCGAGAAGCAGACGACUCACAAGCCCACUGAGCCAACAACUCCGAAGGUAACAACUCACAAGCCUUCUGAGCCAACCACCGAGAAGCAGACUACUCACAAGCCCACUGAGCCAACAACUCCGAAGGUAACAACUCACAAGCCUUCUGAGCCAACCACCGAGAAGCAGACGACUCACAAGCCCACUGAGCCAACAACUCCGAAGGUAACAACUCACAAGCCUUCUGAGCCAACAACCGAGAAGCAGACUACUCCCAAGCCCACCGAGCCCACAACUCACAAGCCUUCUGAGCCAACCACCGAGAAGCAGACUACUCACAAGCCCACCGAGUCCACAACUCACAAGCCUUCUGAGCCAACCACCGAGAAGCAGACUACUCACAAGCCCACUGAGCCAACAACUCCGAAGGUAACAACUCACAAGCCUUCUAAGCCAACCACCGAGAAGCAGACUACUCACAAGCCCACUGAGCCAACAACUCCAAAGGUAACAACUCACAAGCCUUCUGAGCCAACCACCGAGAAGCAGACUACUCACAAGCCCACUGAGCCAACAACUCCGAAGGUAACAACUCACAAGCCUUCUGAGCCAACCACCGAGAAGCAGACUACUCCCAAGCCCACCGAGCCCACAACUCACAAGCCUUCUGAGCCAACCACCGAGAAGCAGACUACUCACAAGCCCACUGAGCCAACAACUCCGAAGGUAACAACUCACAAGCCUUCUGAGCCAACCACCGAGAAGCAGACGACUCACAAGCCCACUGAGCCAACAACUCCGAAGGUAACAACUCACAAGCCUUCUGAGCCAACCACCGAGAAGCAGACUACUCACAAGCCCACUGAGCCAACAACUCCGAAGGUAACAACUCACAAGCCUUCUGAGCCAACCACCGAGAAGCAGACGACUCACAAGCCCACUGAGCCAACAACUCCGAAGGUAACAACUCACAAGCCUUCUGAGCCAACCACCGAGAAGCAGACUACUCCCAAGCCCACCGAGCCCACAACUCACAAGCCUUCUGAGCCAACCACCGAGAAGCAGACUACUCACAAGCCCACUCAGCCAACAACUCCGAAGGUAACAACUCACAAGCCUUCUGAGCCAACCACCGAGAAGCAGACUACUCACAAGCCCACUCAGCCAACUCACAAGCCUUCUGAGCCAACCACCGAGAAGCAGACGACUCACAAGCCCACUGAGCCAACAACUCCGAAGGUAACAACUCACAAGCCAACUGAGCCAACCACCGAGAAGCAGACUACGCACAAGCCCACUGAGCCAACAACUCCGAAGGUAACAACUCACAAGCCUUCUGAGCCAACCACCGAGAAGCAGACGACUCACAAGCCCACUGAGCCAACAACUCCGAAGGUAACAACUCACAAGCCUUCUGAGCCAACCACCGAGAAGCAGACUACUCACAAGCCCACUGAGCCAACAACUCCGAAGGUAACAACUCACAAGCCUUCUGAGCCAACCACCGAGAAGCAGACUACUCACAAGCCCACUGAGCCAACAACUCCAAAGGUAACAACUCACAAGCCUUCUGAGCCAACCACCGAGAAGCAGACUACUCACAAGCCCACUGAGCCAACAACUCCGAAGGUAACAACUCACAAGCCUUCUGAGCCAACCACCGAGAAGCAGACUACUCACAAGCCCACUGAGCCAACAACUCCGAAGGUAACAACUCACAAGCCUUCUGAGCCAACCACCGAGAAGCAGACGACUCACAAGCCCACUGAGCCAACAACUCCGAAGGUAACAACUCACAAGCCUUCUGAGCCAACCACCGAGAAGCAGACGACUCACAAGCCCACUGAGCCAACAACUCCGAAGGUAACAACUCACAAGCCUUCUGAGCCAACCACCGAGAAGCAGACUACUCACAAGCCCACUGAGCCAACAACUCCGAAGGUAACAACUCACAAGCCUUCUGAGCCAACCACCGAGAAGCAGACGACUCACAAGCCCACUGAGCCAACAACUCCGAAGGUAACAACUCACAAGCCUUCUGAGCCAACAACCGAGAAGCAGACUACUCCCAAGCCCACCGAGCCCACAACUCACAAGCCUUCUGAGCCAACCACCGAGAAGCAGACUACUCACAAGCCCACCGAGUCCACAACUCACAAGCCUUCUGAGCCAACCACCGAGAAGCAGACUACUCACAAGCCCACUGAGCCAACAACUCCGAAGGUAACAACUCACAAGCCUUCUAAGCCAACCACCGAGAAGCAGACUACUCACAAGCCCACUGAGCCAACAACUCCAAAGGUAACAACUCACAAGCCUUCUGAGCCAACCACCGAGAAGCAGACUACUCACAAGCCCACUGAGCCAACAACUCCGAAGCCCACAACUCACAAGCCUUCUGAGCCAACCACCGAGAAGCAGACUACUCACAAGCCCACUGAGCCAACAACUCCGAAGGUAACAACUCACAAGCCUUCUGAGCCAACCACCGAGAAGCAGACGACUCACAAGCCCACUGAGCCAACAACUCCGAAGGUAACAACUCACAAGCCUUCUGAGCCAACCACCGAGAAGCAGACUACUCACAAGCCCACUGAGCCAACAACUCCGAAGGUAACAACUCACAAGCCUUCUGAGCCAACCACCGAGAAGCAGACGACUCACAAGCCCACUGAGCCAACAACUCCGAAGGUAACAACUCACAAGCCUUCUGAGCCAACCACCGAGAAGCAGACUACUCCCAAGCCCACCGAGCCCACAACUCACAAGCCUUCUGAGCCAACCACCGAGAAGCAGACUACUCACAAGCCCACUCAGCCAACAACUCCGAAGGUAACAACUCACAAGCCUUCUGAGCCAACCACCGAGAAGCAGACUACUCACAAGCCCACUCAGCCAACAACUCCGAAGGUAACAACUCACAAGCCUUCUGAGCCAACCACCGAGAAGCAGACUACUCACAAGCCCACCGAGCCCACAACUCACAAGCCUUCUGAGCCAACCACCGAGAAGCAGACGACUCACAAGCCCACUGAGCCAACAACUCCGAAGGUAACAACUCACAAGCCUUCUGAGCCAACCACCGAGAAGCAGACUACUCACAAGCCCACUGAGCCUACAACUCCGAAGGUAACAACUCACAAGCCUUCUGAGCCAACCACCGAGAAGCAGACGACUCACAAGCCCACUGAGCCAACAACUCCGAAGGUAACAACUCACAAGCCUUCUGAGCCAACCACCGAGAAGCAGACUACUCCCAAGCCCACCGAGCCCACAACUCACAAGCCUUCUGAGCCAACCACCGAGAAGCAGACGACUCACAAGCCCACUGAGCCAACAACUCCGAAGGUAACAACUCACAAGCCUUCUGAGCCAACCACCGAGAAGCAGACUACUCCCAAGCCCACCGAGCCCACAACUCACAAGCCUUCUGAGCCAACCACCGAGAAGCAGACUACUCACAAUCCCACCGAGCCCACAACUCACAAGCCUUCUGAGCCAACCACCGAGAAGCAGACGACUCACAAGCCCACUGAGCCAACAACUCCGAAGGUAACAACUCACAAGCCUUCUGAGCCAACCACCGAGAAGCAGACUACUCACAAGCCCACCGAGUCCACAACUCACAAGCCUUCUGAGCCAACCACCGAGAAGCAGACUACUCACAAGACCACAGAGCCAACAACUCCGAAGGUAACAACUCACAAGCCUUCUGAGCCAACCACCGAGAAGCAGACUACUCACAAGCCCACUGAGCCAACAACUCCGAAGGUAACAACUCACAAGCCUUCUGAGCCAACCACCGAGAAGCAGACGACUCACAAGCCCACUGAGCCAACAACUCCGAAGGUAACAACUCACAAGCCUUCUGAGCCAACCACCGAGAAGCAGACUACUCCCAAGCCCACCGAGCCCACAACUCACAAGCCUUCUGAGCCAACCACCGAGAAGCAGACUACUCACAAGCCCACCGAGCCCACAACUCACAAGCCUUCUGAGCCAACCACCGAGAAGCAGACGCACAAGCCUUCUGAGCCAACCACCGAGAAGCAGACGACUCACAAGCCCACUGAGCCAACAACUCCGAAGGUAACAACUCACAAGCCUUCUGAGCCAACCACCGAGAAGCAGACUACUCCCAAGCCCACCGAGCCCACAACUCACAAGCCUUCUGAGCCAACCACCGAGAAGCAGACUACUCACAAGCCCACCGAGCCCACAACUCACAAGCCUUCUGAGCCAACCACCGAGAAGCAGACGACUCACAAGCCCACUGAGCCAAUAACUCCGAAGGUAACAACUCACAAGCCAACUGAGCCAACCACCGAGAAGCAGACUACUCCCAAGCCCACCGAGCCCACAACUCACAAGCCUUCUGAGCCAACCACCGAGAAGCAGACUACUCACAAGCCCACCGAGCCCACAACUCACAAGCCUUCUGAGCCAACCACCGAGAAGCAGACGACUCACAAGCCCACUGAGCCAACAACUCCGAAGGUAACAACUCACAAGCCUUCUGAGCCAACCACCGAGAAGCAGACUACUCACAAGCCCACUGAGCCAACAACUCCGAAGGUAACAACUCACAAGCCUUCUGAGCCAACCACCGAGAAGCAGACUACUCCCAAGCCCACCGAGCCCACAACUCACAAGCCUUCUGAGCCAACCACCGAGAAGCAGACUACUCACAAGCCCACUGAGCCAACAACUCCGAAGGUAACAACUCACAAGCCUUCUGAGCCAACCACCGAGAAGCAGACGACUCACAAGCCCACUGAGCCAACAACUCCGAAGGUAACAACUCACAAGCCAACUGAGCCAACCACCGAGAAGCAGACUACUCACAAGCCCACUGAGCCCACAACUCACAAGCCUUCUGAGCCAACCACCGAGAAGCAGACGACUCACAAGCCCACUGAGCCAACAACUCCGAAGGUAACAACUCACAAGCCAACUGAGCCAACCACCGAGAAGCAGACUACUCACAAGCCCACUGAGCCAACAACUCCGAAGGUAACAACUCACAAGCCUUCUGAGCCAACCACCGAGAAGCAGACUACUCACAAGCCCACCGAGCCCACAACUCACAAGCCUUCUGAGCCAACCACCGAGAAGCAGACGACUCACAAGCCCACUGAGCCAACAACUCCGAAGGUAACAACUCACAAGCCUUCUGAGCCAACCACCGAGAAGCAGACGACUCACAAGCCCACUGAGCCAACAACUCCGAAGGUAACAACUCACAAGCCAACUGAGCCAACCACCGAGAAGCAGACGACUCACAAGCCCACUGAGCCAACAACUCCGAAGGUAACAACUCACAAGCCUUCUGAGCCAACCACCGAGAAGCAGACUACUCACAAGCCCACUGAGCCAACAACUCCGAAGGUAACAACUCACAAGCCUUUUGAGCCAACCACCGAGAAGCAGACUACUCACAAGCCCACUGAGCCAACAACUCCGAAGGUAACAACUCACAAGCCUUCUGAGCCAACCACCGAGAAGCAGACUACUCCCAAGCCCACCGAGCCCACAACUCACAAGCCUUCUGAGCCAACCACCGAGAAGCAGACGACUCACAAGCCCACUGAGCCAACAACUCCGAAGGUAACAACUCACAAGCCUUCUGAGCCAACCACCGAGAAGCAGACUACUCACAAGCCCACUGAGCCAACAACUCCGAAGGUAACAACUCACAAGCCUUCUGAGCCAACCACCGAGAAGCAGACUACUCCCAAGCCCACCGAGCCCACAACUCACAAGCCUUCUGAGCCAACCACCGAGAAGCAGACGACUCACAAGCCCACUGAGCCAACAACUCCGAAGGUAACAACUCACAAGCCUUCUGAGCCAACCACCGAGAAGCAGACUACUCCCAAGCCCACCGAGCCCACAACUCACAAGCCUUCUCAGCCAACCACCGAGAAGCAGACUACUCACAAGCCCACCGAGCCCACAACUCACAAGCCUUCUGAGCCAACCACCGAGAAGCAGACUACUCACAAGCCCACUGAGCCAACAACUCCGAAGGUAACAACUCACAAGCCUUCUGAGCCAACCACCGAGAAGCAGACGACUCACAAGCCCACUGAGCCAACAACUCCGAAGGUAACAACUCACAAGCCUUCUGAGCCAACCACCGAGAAGCAGACUACUCACAAGCCCACCGAGCCCACAACUCACAAGCCUUCUGAGCCAACCACCGAGAAGCAGACUACUCACAAGCCCACUGAGCCAACAACUCCGAAGGUAACAACUCACAAGCCUUCUGAGCCAACCACCGAGAAGCAGACUACUCACAAGCCCACUGAGCCAACAACUCCGAAGGUAACAACUCACAAGCCUUCUGAGCCAACCACCGAGAAGCAGACUACUCACAAGCCCACUGAGCCAACAACUCCGAAGGUAACAACUCACAAGCCUUCUGAGCCAACCACCGAGAAGCAGACUACUCACAAGCCCACCGAGCCCACAACUCACAAGCCUUCUGAGCCAACCACCGAGAAGCAGACUACUCACAAGCCCACUGAGCCAACAACUCCGAAGGUAACAACUCACAAGCCUUCUGAGCCAACCACCGAGAAGCAGACGACUCACAAGCCCACUGAGCCAACAACUCCGAAGGUAACAACUCACAAGCCUUUUGAGCCAACCACCGAGAAGCAGACUACUCACAAGCCCACUGAGCCAACAACUCCGAAGCCCACAACUCACAAGCCUUCUGAGCCAACCACCGAGAAGCAGACGACUCACAAGCCCACUGAGCCAACAACUCCGAAGGUAACAACUCACAAGCCUUCUGAGCCAACCACCGAGAAGCAGACUACUCACAAGCCCACUGAGCCAACAACUCCGAAGCCCACAACUCACAAGCCUUCUGAGCCAACCACCGAGAAGCAGACUACUCACAAGCCCACUGAGCCAACAACUCCGAAGGUAACAACUCACAAGCCUUCUGAGCCAACCACCGAGAAGCAGACUACUCACAAGCCCACUGAGCCAACAACUCCGAAGGUAACAACUCACAAGCCUUCUGAGCCAACCACCGAGAAGCAGACUACUCACAAGCCCACUGAGCCAACAACUCCGAAGCCCACAACUCACAAGCCUUCUGAGCCAACCACCGAGAAGCAGACGACUCACAAGCCCACUGAGCCAACAACUCCGAAGGUAACAACUCACAAGCCAACUGAGCCAACCACCGAGAAGCAGACGACUCACAAGCCCACUGAGCCAACAACUCCGAAGGUAACAACUCACAAGCCUUCUGAGCCAACCACCGAGAAGCAGACGACUCACAAGCCCACUGAGCCAACAACUCCGAAGGUAACAACUCACAAGCCAACUGAGCCAACCACCGAGAAGCAGACGACUCACAAGCCCACUGAGCCAACAACUCCGAAGGUAACAACUCACAAGCCUUCUGAGCCAACCACCGAGAAGCAGACGACUCACAAGCCCACUGAGCCAACAACUCCGAAGGUAACAACUCACAAGCCUUCUGAGCCAUCCACCGAGAAGCAGACGACUCACAAGCCCACUGAGCCAACAACUCCGAAGCCCACAACUCACAAGCCUUCUGAGCCAACCACCGAGAAGCAGACGACUCACAAGCCCACUGAGCCAACAACUCCGAAGGUAACAACUCACAAGCCUUCUGAGCCAACCACCGAGAAGCAGACUACUCACAAGCCCACUGAGCCAACAACUCCGAAGGUAACAACUCACAAGCCUUCUGAGCCAUCCACCGAGAAGCAGACGACUCACAAGCCCACUGAGCCAACAACUCCGAAGGUAACAACUCACAAGCCUUCUGAGCCAACCACCGAGAAGCAGACGACUCACAAGCCCACUGAGCCAACAACUCCGAAGGUAACAACUCACAAGCCUUCUGAGCCAACCACCGAGAAGCAGACUACUCACAAGCCCACUGAGCCAACAACUCCGAAGGUAACAACUCACAAGCCUUCUGAGCCAACCACCGAGAAGCAGACGACUCACAAGCCCACCGAGCCCACAACUCACAAGCUCACUGAGGAGACCUCGGAGAAGACUACCCAGAAGACAACGGAAGAGACAACCACCGCCGGAACCCUGCCGCCCUUCAAUAUCUUCGAUGUGAUAACUCCAACGACAACCGAUUCCGAUUACGUUUAAAGAACCUUUCGCGAGCUGGAACAACGAGUAGAACUAAGUUUUAAAAUCAUUAUUUAAUCAAACUAUUUUGAUACUUUUAACAACAACCACAGCUGUAAAGAUGCACCCUCUGAAUAACAACGAUGCCAAUUUACGUUUUUAAA